AUAUUAGUUUCCUCACAAUCUUCUGCUCUUGUCUCAAGCUCCGAUAAUCCUCUCUACAGGCCGCCGGAGAAUGCGCCACCGUAGCCAUGGUUGACAGUUUUCUUAUUCCUUGAUAAUCUGGACCUCUCGUAUUCAUCGGUCUCAAGUGCGGAAUCCUCUUCCCAGUAAUUAACAGGACACUCAGUGCUUUGAUGCAUCAGCUUCUUACCGGCGAUUUUCACGACGGAGUGCCGGCGGAGAAAUGGCGUUUCCAGUAAGUGAGAUGCUGCACCAUCUUCUAUCCAAUGAAGCCUAGUUCCAUAUUUACAUAGAUUCUCAUUUUAUUGGUUUCAAUUCUUGGGUUAUUGUGGUUGCACUCUAUCUGUUUGUUUAAAUGACUUCCAUUGUUAGAAGAAACCAACCCAUCAAAGAAAUCCUCAAGCGCCAUACAACCCAAUUUCUAAACCAGUUUCUUAAACCCUCCCAAAACCCCCUACAACCAAACAAAUGCCUUCCCAGGGCGGAACCCAUCUUGCCCUUCUCAACACAAGCCUCUAAAUUCCCUGAAUAUGAAAUGCCUACGGUGACAUGGGGGGUAAUCCAAGGGCGCAAAGAAAAACUCGUGUCACGGGUUAUAGUUUGUGACUAUUUGAAGAGUAUAGGCAUAGUCCCUGACGAAUUAGAGGAUUUGGAGUUGCCUUCCACUGUGGAAGUCAUGCGCGAGCGUGUUGAGUUCUUGCAGAAAAUAGGUUUAACUAUUGAUGACAUGAAUGAGUAUCCAUUAAUCCUGGGGUGUAGUGUGAGGAAGAACAUGAUUCCUGUCUUAUCGUAUUUAGAAAAGAUUGGGAUUUCGAAGCCAAGGCUUGGUGAAUUUGUGAAAAAUUAUCCGCAGUGUCUCCAUUCUAGUGUUGUGGUUGAGCUUGUUCCGGUUAUUAGGUUUCUCAGGGGCCUUGAUGUUGAGAAGCAAGAUAUUGGUUAUGUGUUGAUGAAGUAUCCGGAGCUGUUAGGGUUUAAGCUCGAGGGGACGAUGAGUACAUCUGUGGCGUACUUGGUUAGUAUAGGGGUUAACCCGAGAGAUAUAGGUCCAAUGGUGACACAAUACCCGUAUCUUUUGGGGAUGAGAGUUGGGACUAUGAUUAAACCGCUUGUGGAUUAUUUGGUUUCGCUUGGUCUACCAAAGAAAAUUUUGGCGAGGAUGCUUGAGAAGCGAGCAUAUUUACUUGGAUAUGAUCUUGAAGAGACUGUGAAACCCAACGUGGACUGUUUGACAAGUUUUGGUAUUAAGAGAGAAGUUCUCCCGUCUGUUAUAGCUCAAUACCCACAGAUUCUUGGUUUGCCGGUGAAGGCAAAACUGUCUUCACAACAGUACUUCUUCAACCUAAAGCUGAAAAUCGAUCCUGAUGGGUUUGCUCGUGUAAUCGAGAAGAUGCCACAGAUCGUUAGCCUUAACCAGCAUCUAAUAAUGAAACCUGUCGAGUUCCUUCUUGGGCGGGGGUUUCCAUCCGACGAUGUGGCGAAGAUGGUCGUGAAAUGCCCUCAGUUGGUUGCUUUACAAGUCGGUAUCAUGAAAAAUAGCUACUACUUUUUCAAAACCGAAAUGGCUAGGCCUAUGAAAGAACUUGUCGAGUUUCCAGAAUACUUCACGUAUAGCUUGGAGUCGAGAAUAAAGCCGAGAUACCAUAGGAUACAGAGCAAGGGAAUCAAAUGUUCACUGGCUUGGUUUCUCAACUGCAGUGACCAAAGAUUUGAAGAGAGAUUGUAUGGUGAUUUUAUAGAGGCUGAAAAUAAUGGUCCAUCUUUUGUUAUGGGUGGAAAGUUAGAACUACCAGGAAGUGAGAUUGUAUCAGAAGAAGAAGAGGAGAGUGAUGAUGAAAUACUUUAUAGGAGAACUGUCUCUUUGUAGUUAACUUGUACUUCGUGUGUAUGAGUUAUGAAUAUCUGUAAUGCAAUGCUAUUAACAUAAAGUUUA